AAUAGUCGCCAAACUUUAACUUAACCUAUCUUUUCGAAUCACCGUAACAAAAACUAUACUGAAUAUAAAUAUACAAUACUUUUUAUUUUAGUAGUAGCAUCAUUAUUAACUCUCAUCAUAAAAACAACAAUUAUUAAUUAUUAUAGCACUUAUUAUUCAUUCACACUGAAAGAAGAUGGAAAAGAAGAGCACAUUCGACUUGGUUUCAGACGAUUCCGAUCACAAAUUCCACAGCCACAACAUCGGCGGAAACUGCUUCAGAGACACCAAGAGUGCCGUCUACAAACGAAUCAUGAAAGAGUGGAAAAUCCUCGAAAAAAACCUCCCCGAUUCCAUCCACGUAAAAGCCUACGAACGCCGCAUCGAUUUACUCCGCGCCGUCAUCAUCGGCGCCGCCGGUACGCCUUACCACGACGGUCUCUUCUUCUUCGACAUCGCAUUCCCGGAAGAUUACCCUCACAGACCACCGAAGAUCCAUUACAUCUCAUUCGGGUACCGGCUCAACCCGAAUCUGUACCCUAACGGUUUCGUUUGUUUGAGCCUUCUAAACACAUGGAGUGGUAAAAAGUGCGAGAGGUGGGACCCAUCUACUUCCACUUUGCUUCAGGUUUUAGUUUCUAUUCAAGCGUUGGUUCUUAACGAGAAGCCGCUUUAUAACGAACCUGCCUACCGUGUUUUGAGUCGUUCACUUUUCGAUUCGAAGUCACGUGCUUACAACGGCGACGUUUUCGUUCUCACGUGCUACUCCGUUGUUUGCCUCAUUCGUAAACCGCCGAAGAAUUUUGAGGAAUUUGUUAAGGAACACGUUCGUGAGCGAGGGCACGUGCUUCUCGCCGCGUGUAAGGAGUACGCGAAUGGGCGCGUGAGGGUUGGAUAUUACGGUUACAACAGCAAUAACAACACGGAAGUUAUUAAAGUUACGGCUACUUUUCAGAAGCUGUUACGAAGUGCUUAUGCCAAUAUGUUUAAGAAGUUUCUAGAAUGUGGUGCUUCGUUGGAGGGUUUCGUUGCAGAGUUGGAAGUGGAAAAACAAGUAAAAGAAAAGAGAUCCAACGGUGGGAAAGGAAUCAUCAAGAAAGCUAUGGGGAAAAUCAAACAAGCUUUGGGAUGGAAGAAGGAAGAAAAGAAGAAGAACAACACAUAAAGUCCUUCUUUUUUCCCGCAAAUUAAUAUAACAGUAUGCAUUAUCAUGAAUUUAAUUUACUUUUUUAUUUAUUUAUUUUAUUAUAAGACACUCCUGAUUAAUUAGUGUAAAUGAAUGACUCAUACUCUUGUUAGGUUUUUAGUUAUAUAUGGUGGAGUUUAUGUGUGGAGUCUCUCCGACUAUGAAAUGUUUCUAGCUUCAAUAUAUGAAUAAAGUUUAUUUGUUUUUACA